UUCCUAUUGUAAAGAAUAUAGCAAAAACAGAGUCUUCUCCUUCCGAAGCGAGCCAGCAUUCAAUGCAGUCUCCACAGAAAACUACUCUAAUAUUACCAACACAGCAGGUCAGGAGAUCAGGUCGAAUUAAACCACCUGGACCUACUGCAGUCCCCAAAAGGAGCAGUUCUGUUAAAAAUAUCUCACCAAGGAAAAAAGGUCCAUACUCAGGAAAAAAGGAAAAGCCUUUGCCUGUGAUAUGUUCUACAUCUGCAGCUUCUCUAAAAUCGCUGACCAGAGACCGUGGCAUGAUAUAUAAAGAUGCCGCUCCUGGGCCAUGUAAAAUAGUGAUGUCUACAG